UUUCCCGCGUUUUUUAUCCUCUUCGAAUGCACAUGCGCAUGAAAAUGGCGGCGAUUCAUGAAAACUUCAGAAAGCGUUCUUCAUAAUAGGGUUACUCUUUUUGCCUUCAAAGAAACCGAUUUCACAAUUCAAUAAACUUAAAAAAAUAUUGUUCAAUCAUGGCUGUUUUGGAAAAGAUGGCAAUCUGUGGGGUUCGCAGCUAUAGCCCCAGUGAAUUCAGCAUAAUUGAAUUCCAAGCACCUUUAACCUUACUUGUUGGAGCCAAUGGCAGUGGAAAAACGACAGUUAUAGAGUGCCUUAAAUAUGCAACCACUGGUGACAUGCCACCUGGAUGUAAGAACUCUGCUUUUAUACAUGACCCAAAGAUUGCCGGAGAAAAGGAAGUAAAAGGCCAGGUGAAGUUGAGAUUCACUGAUAUAACAGGGACACGUUACACCAUUGCUAGAAGUAUGGUAUCUAGUCAAAAGGUUAAGAAAGUUGAAACAAAGUCGUUAGAAAGCGUGAUAACAAGGACACUUAAUGGCGAGAAGCAGAGUCUUACAAGUAGAUGCGCUGAUAUGAAUCGUGAGAUGGUUACACGACUGGGCGUUUCAAAGGCAGUGCUUGAGAAUGUGAUCUUCUGCCAUCAAGAAGACGCCAAUUGGCCACUGAGUGAAGGGAAAAUUCUGAAACAGAAAUUCGACGAUCUGUUUGCAGCUACGAGGUACAUAAAAGCAUUAGAAAAUAUUCGGGCAUUGAGAAGAGAUCAAACUCAUAUUGUCAAAGAAUGUCAGAUAGAAUUGAAUUUCUUGAAAGAGAGAAAGGUUGAAGCUGAGCAGCUACGAAUCGAUCUGAUUGAAAAACAAACAAAAAUGGAGGUUAUUUAUGAUGAAAUAAAAAAGAAGGAAAAGGAAAUGGCACCCAUGGAGGAAAAACUUGCGGAGAUAGAAAGUGUGGAGACUGAAGUGAUUCGAAUCGAGAAGGAAAUUGGAAACAAGGAGUCAACAUUUGAGCUUAUUCAGAAGAACGGGAAAGAGUUGGAGGAAAGGAUAGCGGACAAAUUCACAGGUUCUUAUGAUGAUCUUGUGCAAAUAAGUGAUAGAUUCAGAGAAGAAAUAUCACGAGAAGAAGUCAAAAUUCACCAGAUUGAAGCAAAAGUGAACAGGUGUAGUCAAGCGAUCCAGGAGCUGAGUGGAAGAAGAGCAGAACUUCUCACUAAACAAGGCAAACUUGCCCAGGAAGCCGAGUCACACGAGAUAAAGAUUACAUCACGAGAUGAGCUAAUUUCAAAGAUGAUUAAACAAUAUAGUCUCUCAGAAUUGCCAGAUACCCCUUAUAGCCCAGAGGAUGUCGAUAACUUUUUAUCAAAUCUGAAAAUGCAUUAUCGCCAAAUUGUGGAUGAGGCAGAGAAAACCAAGAAUGUUUUUAUAAAACAACUUGAAGAAAUUUCUACUGGAAUGAACAGAGUGACGAAAUCAUAUCAUGACUACGAAUCAACAAUCAAGCACAAAAGGAAUACUAUGGAACAGAACAAGCAAACAAUACGAGAGAUAAACCAGGAGCUCGGAGUUGUGGCCGCCUCGGCGAACCGCUUACAAAGCAUCGAGCGAGAUAUCAGAAAAUCUGAGAAGGAGCUUAACGAUCUGCAGGGACAAGUCAGUACAAAUCAGUUUAAUGAUGAUAUAAAAUCAUUAGCUAGUGAGAAGAAAGGGGUGGAUCAAACUCUAGGAAGGUUGAGAGAGGAACAAAAUAGGAUGCACCUGCAGUCUACGGUACAAACAAAGAUUGACAUGAAGGUUAAAGAAAAGCAAGCUAAAGAAGAUACAAUACAAAGCAUCAUAAACCGCCAUGAAAUGGACAUGUCAACCAUCUUUGGCAACCGUCCACCUUUAGAAGAACUGAAGUCGCAGCUCCGUGAUUACCUGACAAUGAAAAAGUCAGAUUUACGUAGUAUGAAUGAGAAAAUCAAGGUGAUUGAGAAGAAACUCGCAUCCAAUGAGGCAAAUCGAAAAACCAACAUGGAGGCUAUGCGUAAAAUGGAAAGCCAACAGGCUGAGUAUAAAGAAAGGCUGAUUGAAGCUUGCGGAGAAAAUAGUUACAACGAAUUCAAGGAGAAAGUAACGAAAAACCUCGAUAAAUACAAAAACAUUGUCAGUGAAAUAAAUGCAUUUGAAAAGAUCUACAGAAAGUACAUAAUUGAAAUGAAGGGCAGCAACAAGCAAGACAAAGGAUGCCCGUUGUGUCAUCGUGAGUUCGCUUCUGCCAGGGAACUACAUCAGCUGGUAACAGAGUUGGAACACAAGUUGGUUUCAGUCCCAGAAAAAAGACAGCAAAACGAGACGAUUUUGGACCAAGAGAAGAGAAAGCUUUCUGUGGUAGAUGAGCUUGCACCACUGAACGCCAAUCUCGAAUCGCUGGAGUCAAAAGACAUCCCCGAAGUGAGAUUGAAAAUUUCUGACCUUGGUAAAGAAGUCGAAUCACUGAGACAGGAAUUGAAUGACCUUGAGGAUGUGCGUCUUAUGACAGAAACAGAAGAAAGGACAGCGAGGGAUAUGCAGCCAGAUAUCAACAUGGUCGAUUCAUACUUGUAUGAAAUACGGGAUAUCGAUAAAGCCAUCAGCCUGGAGUCUUCAAAAUUAAAAGGAAUUGCUCCAGGCAGAACGAUGACAUUGAUAACAGCUGAAAUCGAAGAAGCCCAAGAGCAAAUUGAAAGCAUUGAACGGAAGAUGGAAUUGAAGAGAAACCAACUGAUGGAGCACAAUAAGCAGUGUUCAUUGCUGGAACGAAGCAUCAACAGUCUCAAAUCUGAGCAGCUUGCCCUUUCUGCAAAACUGCAACGCCGUUCACAGCUUGAGGAACAAAAAGCAGAACUGAGUUCAAACAACCAAUCGUUUGAGAGAGAGAUAAGAGAGGCAGAAAACCAACUAGAGCCUCUUCAGAAGUCUCUAAGUGAGUUCAAAGAAAAGAAAAGAUUGACAGAAGAUAAGAAGGAGAAGCACGCAGAAGACGUGCGCAGUCUGUUGGAAGCGAUCAAGCAAAGUGGGAACAGAGUGCGGGAACUGGACGCCGAGAUAAAGAGAUAUUUGGCCAACGGUAGGGACAAGGCACUGCAGCAAAACGCUGAUGCUGUGAAGGAGACUGAGGCUGAGAAUAGCAGAUUUGAGCGGGAGAAAGAAAAAUACGCCAAAGAGUUGGCUGAGGCUCGAAAACUGGUCGAUACCCAGCAAGCAAGGGCCCGUGAGCUGGAAGACAACGUAAGAUUGUUCCAGGCCGAGGAAGACAUGGCCAAAAUAAGAAGUGAACUGGCUCGCUUGAGAAAAGAACUGUCGAAAUAUGGAGCAUCUGGCCUCUUGGGCACGAAUAAAGUUGAGCUGCAGAGGGACCUAGACGAGUUGAGAAAUAGCAAAGCAAGUUGUGAGGGUCGUUUAAAAGGUCUGGAGGAGGAGCAAAGGAAGAUGGAACGGGACUUGCGCAGCGAGAAGUUUGCUUGUGCGGACACGAAUUAUUCGAAGAAAGCAAUCGAGUCAAAAACAACAGAAAUGGCAAAUCAAGAUCUUGACAAGUAUUACAAAGCAUUAGACGGAGCUAUUAUGAAGUUUCAUACAAUAAAAAUGGGGGAGAUCAAUCGAAUUCUGAAAGAGUAUUGGAUACAUACCUACAAAGGCAACGAUAUCGAUACGAUUGAAAUACGCGCAGACGAAGAUACCGGAAGUGGAGCAGCAAAGGCAAGGCGUGUCUAUAACUACCGGGUUGUCAUGAUCAAAGGUAAGACGUCAUUGGACAUGAGGAGCAGAUGUAGUGCUGGCCAAAAGGUAUUGGCAUCCAUUUUAAUCAGAUUGGCACUUGCAGAGACAUUUUGUCUCAACUGUGGAAUCCUGGCUCUGGAUGAACCAACGACCAACCUGGAUGAACAAAAUGUCGAGAGCUUAGCUAACGCAUUGAAAGAUAUAAUUACAACCCGACAGCAGCAACGAAAUUUCCAGCUUGUUGUUAUUACUCAUGAUGAGGAGUUUGUCAGAGCCCUGGGUCAGUCAAACUAUGUGGAUUACUAUUACCGUGUAUACAAGGAUAGCACCACGGGACACUCAAAACUUCACAGGCAGAUGGCCAAUGAAAUAAAAGAAUAGCUGUACAGUGGUCAAUAGAUAUAGAAUGAAGAAAUCAUUAUGCAGAGACAAAGUAAUUCCAAAGUCUCAUUUUAUGUUUGUAGUAAAUAAACCCCAGAUAGAAAUCUGUCGCCAAAAUUUUUUUUGUAGAUGAAGCAAGAGCUAUCUUUGCAAAAUUGUUUUUUGGCCUAGGAAAAUUUUGUUUAAGGGCUGGGGUGUAGUAUAAAAAUUUGAAAUUUAGUAUAGAAUGAAGCUUUGUUUGGCAAAGUAAGAACAAAAUUGGCAUUGAAGAAUCACAAAUAUUUUGCAGGUGGAAAUGCAGGAUGCAAUAAAGAUCCCCUGAUUUUUCAUCUUUAAGAUACAUCUUAGAAGUUUAAAGAAAAAAUGCUUUAAAUUUGCAAGAUGACAAACCUUUGCAGAUGAAGUACAAGGGUCAAGGGUCAUCUGUGAGCCUUUGGUAGUGGGAGAACCUUCGUCAUUUUUAGAAACAGACAAAUUUCAGAGUUGAGCAAUAAUCCACAAAUAUCAUAAUCUCUAUUCUUGCAGUGAAGCUAAUAGGAUUGUGGACUAAACUGGAGGAUUACAAAUCUUUCUAAUGGAUUAAAAAAGGGGAUGGCUUCUAUAAUGAUCUUCAAAGGACUAACUUCCACUAACAAAUGCUUCAUCAAAUUUACUUAUUUCAAUUCCUGUAUGAAAACCAGAUGCCAAUCCAUUUUAUGACACAAAGCACCUCCCUUUAUUAGGAAAGAUAAUAGUAUUGCUAAAAUGAGGUAGGGUAUGAUUCCCUCUACCUGUUAUUGUACAGUUACUCCCUGCUGUUUCUGAUGCUGUGCAUCUAGUCACAAGCUUCUUUUAGAGUAUUUUGUUAUACUUAUGGAUACAUUUUUAACUCAAAAAAUUGAUAUCCUUCUUGAAUGUUGUUCGGUUAUGUUAUUUGGGCAUUUUUAUAUUGUUAAAAAACUGCAUAAAUGCCUA